CCUUGGUUUGCAUCCUGAGUGACCAUUAUUAAGCCGAAAUGACCAAGUCAAUUACCGACCAUUCGGAGUUUCCUGUCCUUCUUACCUACCUCGAUCCUGGGCAGUCAGUAGGCAGUCCAAGAUGUUACAUCUCCAGCGACUGCCGACGUCCGUGGAAAUACGCCGUCUCCAAUGAUCGAACCCGCCGGACCCGCUCCAAGACUGGCAGAAUGAAGUGGAGGCAUCCAGCUGGGGCGUGGUUAGCAGCCUUAGUGUCUCCAUCGCGGCUCAUUGGGAUUCUCAUGGCAAUCCUGUCGGACUCUCUCACUCGCAAUUCGCUCAAACACUCAUAAUUCGGCAAUGUUUGCUACGCCCGCUCGCAGUCAGAAUCUUCUUCCUGGACGAGACCACCACCUGUUGAUGAAAUAAGCAGGUCAAUUCUCACUGCCAUGGCCACCCAGAACGAUCCCCGUCAGCCGCCGCACGCAGAAUCCCAUCAGGCUGACUUACGCGAUUCAAUCCCGAAUGACGAGAAUCGACUCCAACAGCAGUUAGUGGCAAGCUCUGCACGAGCCAAGCCAAUGAUCCCCUGGGUGUAUGACCUGGGGCUUCACGUUCUCAGUGUUACGCUGGAUGUCUUCUUCCGGGAGGUCUCGACUCGCAAUUCCUUCCGGGUCCCCAACAAGGGACCCGUCAUCCUGGUGGCUGCGCCACACGCCAAUCAAUUCGUCGACUCGCUGGUCUUGAUGCAGCUGAUGAAGAAGCAUGUUGGCCGCCGUAUCUCCUUCCUCAUCGCGGAGAAAUCACUGCACGAGCCCUACAUUGGCACCAUCGCGGGCGCCUUGGGCAAUCUUCCCGUCACCCGCGCCAUGGACCAUGUCCGACCGGGCCAGGGGACCAUCUACCUUCCCUCGCCCGAGGGGGACCCGACUCGGAUUAGUGGAGUUGACACUGACUUCACGGGACCAGACGUCAUGGUCGGGGGCAGCAUCAUCCUGCCCAAGGUCGGUAAGGCCGUGCCAGAAAGCCAGUACAUUGAGGAGAUCAUAGGGCCGACUGAGCUCCGGCUUCGAGCCCCGUUCCAGACUCCACACGCCAUGGCUCUGCUGACACCGGCGACGGGCGCAGGAACGAGGUUCAAGGUCGCCCCGCACAUUGAUCAGAAACGCAUGUUUGCCUCCGUCUGGCAAGAGUUGUCGCAGGGGGCCUGCAUCGGCAUCUUCCCGGAGGGCGGCAGCCAUGACCGCUCGGACCUGCUGCCCUUGAAGGCCGGUGUAGCCAUCAUGGCCCUCGGAGCCCUAUCGCGGGAUCCGGACUGUGGCCUGUCCAUCAUCCCUUGCGGCAUGAACUACUUUCAUGCCCAUAAAUUUCGAUCGCGGGCGGUCAUUGAGUUUGGCCAUCCCAUUGAUGUUCAUCCCGAUCAGGUCAAGGCCUACGAAGCCGGGGGAGCACAGAAGCGCAAUGCCAUCGGCUCCCUGCUGGAGACGAUCAAUGAUGGUCUCGCAGCGGUCACUCAACCCAGUCCGGACCACGAGACCCUACAACUGAUCCAGGCCACCAGACGCCUGUAUAAGCCGAUCGGCAAGAAGCUGCCCUUGCCGUUGGUGGUUCAAUGGAACCGGCGGCUACUCAAGGGGUACACGAGAUACCGGGAUGACCCGCGAGUGGUGCGACUCAAGAAGGCAGUCUUGGAUUAUAAUGUCAAGCUUCGAGCACUGGGCAUUAAGGACCACCAGGUGGAAUGGGGCAAUGCCACCGAUCGCCCAUGGCUGGUGGCCUUUGCUACGCUACUGUAUCGACUUACGGAGCUGGUCGUCUUAAGCGUCGGCACCCUUCCCGGGGUACUUUUGUUUUGGCCUGUCUUCGUGACCACCAAGGUGAUUUCGGUUAAGAAGAAACGGCAAGCAUUGGCAGCAUCAGUGGUUAAAGUCCGAGCCCAAGACGUCGUUGCAAGCUGGAAGAUCCUGGUGGCGCUUGGAUUAGUCCCGGCGCUGUAUACUUGGUACACCUUCCUGGUCUGCUUCUGGCUGCGCUACGGGCGCUCUGGUGGCCACUAUUCUCAUCUUCUGCCCUGGUAUAUGCAGGUGCAUACUUACAUCCCAGAUUCUGUCCCUCUGUGGCAAUUUGCGAUCGGGUUCUUCGCUCUCCUGGUCGGGGUGUCGUUUGCAGCGCUCGAGAUCGGCGACACUGGUAUGGAUAUUUUGAAAUCUUUACCACCGUUGUUGGUCGCAUUGAACCCACGUUCAUCAGGAUCUUUGAGUCAAAUUCGAGCGACCCGCAACGCUCUAGCAGUCCAGGUACGCGAGGUAAUCGAUGACCUCGGAGAAGAAGCAUUCCCGGGAUUCGAUGCCAGCAGCAUCCAUGGCGAUACGCAUCGUGAGGAUGCUUACCUUUCUCAGCUCAAGCCAACCUCUGAUCUCUGAACGGAAUAUCCUCUGAGACCUACCGUCCAUAGAAGUCUGUAUGUUCGUUAUUUUCCAAACCACAAACGCAAUCUUUUCUUUCUUUUCUUCUCAUUUUUUCUGGGUUACGAAGUCAAACGCCAGCACGAUCGGCUAGAGAUGGGCCUCCGGCCGCCCCACCCAGCAUAGCCGCGUCCCACCUCUCCCUUCCAUUCCAAAUUGCCAAUCCUUUCAAAUCCAACAAAGUAUGUUGGCAAGCUUUGUCCAAGCACUCUUGGGGGUUGAGAUUUGCUCCCCCACUCCAGAUUUAGCGCGCUUGAUCUCGUCAAGAUCCCCAAAACAGCCGGGCCCUGUCAACCCCAAUUCCCCGUUUGAGGCUAGACUCUCUCGCUUGCGUGUUGGUGGAGCAAUAAUGCAUGAGAGCCAGACUAGCGGGCUAGCGACCUAGCCUAGGACCGGUGUCUGUCCAGCCAUGUGCUUGUAGCCUUGAAAUCUUGCAGGGAUCUUGUCCCA